AUGUUCUUAGUUUGUGUUGGCUUACAGCCUUCCGUUCCUUUUGUUGUGUUUGACCUGGUGCCAAAUGAGAGUCAGCACUUAGCUUAUAAAGUAUCAUUUUCUAAAACAGCAACAGAAGGAAAACUCCGCCUUCCACACCCACGACUCAUUACCAUAGUUCUACAAAGCAUGGCCUUGCAUCAUUUAUCCAUCACUUGUGAAUUUCUGUUUUCUACAGCUCUCAUUUCUCCAAAAAUGUGUUUGAGCCACUUGGAAAAUAUGCAUUUAAGCCAUUCAAGAACUCAAGGAGCUCAGAGAUUAUCCUGGAAGCUGUGGCUCUUUUGCUCAGUAGUUGUGUUGCUAUUUCUUUGCUCCAUCAGUUCGCUAAUCUUUGUUUUUCUCCAACAAGAGCAGACUGCUAAAGAGCCCUGUAUGGCUAAGUUUGGACCAUUACCCUCAAAAUGGCAAAUGGCACCUUCUGAACCUCCUUGCGUGAAUGAGGUGUCUGACUGGAAGCUGGAGAUACUUCAGAAUGGCUUAUAUUUAAUUUAUGGCCAAGUGGCUCCCAAUGCAAACUACAAUGAUGUAGCUCCUUUCGAGGUGCGGCUGUAUAAAAACAAAGACAUGAUACAAAAUCUAACAAACAAAUCUAACAUCCAAAAUGUAGGAGGGACUUAUGAAUUGCAUACUGGGGAUAUCAUAAACUUGAUAUUCAACUCUGAGCAUCAGGUUCUAAAAAAUAAUACAUACUGGGGUAUCCUUUUACUAGCAAAUCCCCACUUCAUUUCCUAGAGGCUUGAUUUGAUCUCAUUCUCUUCAGCACAUGCAGAGGUGCCAGUGGGUGGACUGGAGGGAGAAGAUUUUCAAUUUCUCGAGUUUGGCUGUCUACAAAAAUCACAAACUGAACUCCUCUGGAUGUGAAUUUUCAUCUAUCAUGCUUAUCCGAAAAAGACUCAGAGGAAGAGCCAAAGACUUUUGAUUGGAUCUACAGAGAUACUUCAUUAAUCCAUGAUAGAAUGAAUAUGGAUGACAGAGAACAGGUGCUUUCAAAGAAUCUUGUCUAAUUCUUGAAUUCAUGAGUGGAAAAAUAGAGUUCUGUUCCCAUGGAAGCUUUACUUGAUAUGCAAAAAGGAUCUGGGGCAGUAGCCUGGCUUUGUUCUCAUAUUCUUGGGCUGCUCUAAUUAAUUCUUCUCGUACUCCCAUCUUCUGACACCUUCCCAAUAAAAAGUAGACUGAUAGGAUGGCACAGAUAUGCCUACCCUACCCUACUUUAGAUGUGAUGGUAGAAGAUAAAGAACAUUUUGAGAACUACUGGAUAGAGGUACAAGUGACAUAAAAUGGAAUGUACGUUAUCUGGAAAUUUCUCUUGGUUUUGUCUUACUCAGGAUGCAGGGUGCUUUAAAAAGCCUUGUCAAAGGAGUCAUUCUGAACCUUCAUGUAGGGCUUUGUGAGAACUUACUGUUUGAGUGUGUUUCUAAACACUGCUAAUUGUAAAGAAAGAGUAAUCAUUAGUAAUCAUUAGAUUUAACCCCAGAAAUGGUAUUAUCAUUACUACAUUAUGUCAUGUAAUGAUUUAGUAUUUUUAGCUAGCUUUCCAUAAUUUGCAAAGUGAUUUCGUAUAUCAGGUAGCAAGUCUAUGAAGUUAAUUGGGCAGGCACUUGGGAGGAAAUUUUAGCAAUGAGAAUAUGGAAGCAUAGCAUAGCCAACUUGCCUCAACUCAUAAGACAAGUGACUACGAGAGGCAAUGGGUUUUCCACUACAUUGCACUGUCUCAGCUUUAGAAUUGUUGCUUCUGCUAUCAUGUUAUAAGACUCUAAAAUUUAGCAAAGUCACCUUAGCCCAAGCUGAGCAGAGUGAAGCUACAACAGAUCUUUCCUUUACCAGCAAAGUUUUUUUUUUUUUCCUGCCUAAAUCAGGGAGAUCAUGGGUGCUGCUCAGGCCUUACCCCAACCAAAUCCCCUUCUUCACUUUGCAGAGCCCAUCUUAGUGAAAUGUGCUAACUUCUAAAAAUAAUAAAUAGGACUUAAUUCAAAAUGUUUGGACUCUUAAAUUACCUACAUGCAGGUUCUUGUUGAAAGGUAUAUAUUACAUUGUAAACAAAUUUAAAAUAUUUAUGGGUAUUUGUGAAAAGCUGCAUUAUGUUAAAUAAUAUAUGUAAAGCUAUUUAAAAAAAUUUUUUAUUUUAUGUAACAAAAAUUGCAAAGGAACAUGCUAAGCCUGAGGCUAAGUUUUUAAAAAACACUGUUGAGUAACUAAAGGGCCAAAGACUUGGAGAGCUUGUUUCUGUUGCAUUUGCAUAUCUUCUCAGGAAAUUAAAGUGUGUCAUAUAUAUAUUCAUGUAUAUACCUGUAUAAAAUCUUGGUGUUCUUGAUUUUUGUUGUAUAUAAGCAAUGUGUGCUGGAGUGGGCUGGUGCUAGUUGAUAAGCACAUAUUAUUAAAUUUUCAUGAAUUUUGCACUCUGAUUAUUAAUUAUCACCACUCUUGAAAUUGGCUAUGUGGGAGUAUUUAUACCACGUGAAUUGGCAAACACUACACAUUUUCCUUUUGGACAGCUGGUUCACCAGCACACCGCUGUGAAACUCUCCUUAAUGACUCCUCUCUGUUCCCACUUCAUUUCUGGGACAAUCAUGGCAGACUAAGGGAGAAAAGAAAAUUGUCAGGUUGACAUACUGGUGGUUUCUCAGGGCAAGCAGAGGUUACCACAGCUGCAGCUGGAGGAAUGACUACCAACUGGUGGUCUUUAAAUUUUCCUGAUGUAUAAUUUCAGCCUUUGUUUUCAAUGUAUACUGUUUUCCUGUUUCUCCACAUAAUAGUCUGCAUUUUAAAUCUGUAAUAAAACAUGCUGGUAAAUG